UUCAGCGCUCGCUCUACAACCGGAGUGAACGGGUCCCCUCUUUUCUCGUCAGCCUAACGGAUUUAAUCGGCUUCAGACGCCGCGUUUGUUUCUUGUCCGCGACCCUGUGCCCAGUGGUUUCGGUUGGGGAGGCUGCCGAGACCGAGCGUUCCCGAACCAUGGUGCACAACUAGUUAGUUUGGAGCUUUCUUUGUCGGACGGAGACUCCGCGACUCACUUUAUUUUUUCUGUAGAGGCGAGCUCGUAGUUUUCUUUUUUUUAGUAAGGGGUCUGCGUCUUCUGUUUGUAACAAACGGCCACGUUUGCCCCUACCUCCGCCUGAAAACGACUCUUGCCCCUGGCUGGAUUACAACCCCUUCCCCGUCCGUGCACAAUGAAUUCGGAUAUAAACAUGUACCUUGGCCGGGAGAAAGCGGGUCUGAUGCGCAAAAGAGCCCUGCUACUGAGGAAAGGCUGCAGCUUCGAAAUAACAAGCUCUGCGUCAGAGGACCUUGGCUGCAGGAGAGGGGAGUUCAGCCGGAAACACUACGGAUCUGUGGAGCUGCUGAUCUCCAGUGAUGCAGAUGGAGCCAUUCAGAGAGCAGGACGCUUCCGGGUGGAGAACGGCUCAUCUGAUGAAGUAAAGACACACAUCCUCAUUGUCAUCUCCAUACACAUUCACACUCACACACGUGAAUGCUCACACAGGCCCACUGAAAUCAGUUCUCCUGUUGUGUCUGUAGUUCACCAGAACUACGUGGGGAUGGACGCGGAGAAGAACCCCUUCUUCCUGUCCGUGGUUCUUUCAGACCAGAACAACCAGCGGGUUCCGCAAUACCGGGCCAUCCUCUGGCGCAAGACGGGUACUGUGAAGAUAAGCCUACCUUACAGUCCCACCAAAACACUAUCAGUCAAAUCCAUCUUAAGUGCCAUGAAUCUGGAUCGAUUUGAAAAAGGCCCCAGAGAGAUCCUCAACCCGGACAUACAGAAGGACCUGUUGGUGUUGGAAGAGCAAGAGGGGUCAGUGAAUUUCAAAUUCGGCGUUCUCUUUGCCAAAGAUGGCCAGCUGACGGAUGAUGAGAUGUUCAGCAAUGGCAUGAGAUGGUGGCCGAGCUUGAAGUUCCUCAACCUCCUGGGAGACACCAUCUGCCUGCAGGGCUGGGCUGGGUACAGGGGAGGCCUAGACACCAAGAAUGACACUACAGGCAUGAACUCCAUCUACACGGUGUACCAGGGACACGAGCUCAUGUUCCAUGUCUCCACCAUGCUCCCAUACUCCAAGGAGAACAAGCAGCAGGUGGAGCGGAAAAGACACAUCGGGAACGACAUCGUCACCAUAGUAUUCCAGGAGGGAGAUGAUGCCACUCCAUCAUUCAAGCCCUCCAUGAUCCGAUCCCAUUUCACACAUAUAUUUGCCUUAGUCCGAUAUAAUAGCCAGAAUGACAGCUACAGGUUGAAGAUUUUCUCGGAGGAGAGUGUGCCCCUGUUUGGACCCCCCCUCCCCUCGCCACCAGUGUUUACAGACCACCAGGAAUUCAGGGACUUUUUGUUAGUCAAACUGAUAAACGGAGAGAAAGCCACAUUGGAGACGCCCACCUUUGCCCAGAAGCGUCAGCGUACUCUAGACAUGCUCAUACGCUCCCUCUACCAGGACCUCAUGCCAGACCUGCACAAGGUUCCCUUCUCUCCCCAGAACAUGCUGAAUCGCCGCUCCUUCAGUGACGUUCUGCCCGAGUCGCCCAAAUCAGCACGCAAGAAAGAAGAGGCCAGACAGGCCGAGUUCGUACGGGUGGGCCAGGCCCUGAAGCUGAAGACUAUCGUACGUGGAGACGCUCCAACCAGCCUUGUUACUACAGGACUCUGCAGGAAAGAGCCAUGGGAGUCGCAGUCCUACUGCAGUAGUUUCCCCUAUGAGAUCGUCUGUGGAGACUCGUGGGGUCAAUCAUUAAUGGUUGCCACUGACAACGCUGGGGUCAUGUUACUGGAAGCUCCGGAUCCACUGUUCUCCAAUAGCGAUUCACCAGUGCUGCCCCCGGUCCAUGUGUUUGACAAGAGCAUGACCGUCAAACAAAUCCACGUGCUGGAGCCCCAGGACCUCCUCAUCAUACGGGCCGACAAAGGUGUGUGAUGCUGCCUCUAUGCGAUGUUCAGACUGAGCGUGCUCAGACGAGGCCUUGAGGAGAGACAGCUGGUCCGAGGGAAGUGCGACUGCCGAGAGAACAAGCUGGAGAAAACCAAAGGCUGUCAUCUCUACUCCAUCAACACGCACCAUGGAGCGGAGCUGCGCAUUAUCGCUGCCAUUCGGAACAAGCUGCUGCUCAUCACCCGCAAGCAGGCCAGGCUUGGACCGGACGUCCUGGCCGCCUUUGCCCCAGCUGGGCACACACACGCCGCAGAGUCACCCGUGGAGGAGUUCCAGUACAUCAGGGAGAUCUGCCUGUGUGACUCUCCUGUUGUCAUGGCAUUGGUUGAUGGGCCGACAGGAGAAAAUGACAACAUGAUCUGUGUUGGGUACAAACAUCAGUUUGACCUGAUCAAUGAAAGCACAGGAGAUGCCUACCGACUCCACCACAUAGAGUCUAACCGAGUGAACUUUGUGGCAGCCAUAGAUGUGUAUGAGGAUGGGGAGGCUGGACUCCUGCUGUGUUAUAACAAUAUCUGCUCCUAUAAGAAGGUGUGUCCAUUCAACGGGGCCACGCCCAUGAUCCAACCGAGCACUUCAGACUUUCACUUCAGCUGGAACCAGAUGCCCAACGCCAUAGUGUGUGCGUUCCCCUACAUCCUGGCCUUCACUAUCGACUCCAUCGAGAUCCGUCUGGUCGUCAACGGCAACCUGGUGUACACGGCAGUGGUCCCGGAGCUCCAGCUGACCGCAUCCAGGUCGGAUAUCUACUUUGUGUCAUCGGCGCCCGUGACGUCGGCCUCCAACUGCAGCUCCAGAGACACCAGCUCUCAGAGCUCCCCCCAGACCCCCACCGGAUACGAGAUGCCCGUCUUCCCCUCGCCCCUCGGAGAUGAUUGUAUUCGGAUUCCUUACGGAACCAAGCUGUCCCACUACAUGUCUAAGGACUCAGAAGGUGAAGCCCAGUCCAAACACAUCUAUAAGAUCCCUUUGAGUAACUUGGUUGGGCGGAGCAUUGAAAGGCCCCUCAAGUCCCCAUUGGUCAAUAAGGUGGUGACAGCGCCAGGCCCCAGUGUGAUAAACCCCGUCCCCCUCAUCCCUUCCACACCCUCUCUGUCUCUGUCCCGCAUGGAGAUCAAAGAGAUCGCCAGUCGCACCCGCAAGGAGCUGCUGGGUUUAACAGAGGAGCCCAGCAGUAAGUCUGAGAGCAGCUCGGUGAAGCAGAGGAAGAUGAGCAAGAAACCCACUGAGGAAGAGCAGAAGAGAACAAGCAGCACUGCUGUUGAGCGGGCGGAGCUUGUGGACGGCGAAUCAGAUGUCCAGCUCCACUGCGCCAGCGGCUCCAACGCGGGUCCAGCAGAGGCCAGUCCUCCCCUCACACACCCCUUCGUCCUCUCCACGUCCUUUGAGGAGGACGUCCUCGACCUGAAGUGAUGACAAUCCCACAAUGCCCCUCUCCCACCCAGCCACCCCUUCACCGCACCCUUUCCGUUGUGUUGACGUUGUUUUUGUUUGUUUGUUUAUUUGAUGUUACACUCAAGUUUGGUUCUUCGCCACUGUGGGAGCCACUAGGGUUCAGAUCCAGGGGUGCGGGGGCUGGGGAAGAUGUCAAAAUGGCAGAAUCAGUUGGGUGGCAGGUGUGUGUGUGUGUGUUUGUGUCUGUGUCUGUGUGUGUGUGUGUGUGUGUGUGUGUGUGUGUGUGGGUGUGUGUGUGUGUGUGUGUGUGUGUGUGUGUGUGUGUCUGUGUGUCUGUG